GAACGUGCUGCUUUUGAACGCACCCCUGCGCUCCACGUUCAGGCUACUACAUUAGCCGAUAGUUAAGUGAAAUGGGUGAUGACUUGGAUGACGAGUGGUGGAUACAUGACAGUAUUUCAGAUGCAUCCGAGGUGGAAGAGGAGACCCAAUCAAAGAAACAACCUCCCAAAAAAACAAGCAUAAAGACGACGACAAAGAAGAGAAAGAAAAUAAUAACAGAAGUAAAAACAGUCGAGGCCAAGAAGAAAAAGAAAGAAAAGGGGGAGUGCAUAAAUUCAGAGAAGGCAGAAAAAUCAAAACAAGUCAAAAGGAGGAGAAAGAAGAAGACAAUCACAGACAUCUUGGCCUCGUCUGAGCCCAAACCGGGUAGUUCCGCAGACCUGCAGAACCUGGUUGUGCAGUAUUUCUCGGAUAAGCGCUCUGUGAUUGAGCAAGAAGAGCUCAGACUGCAGGACUCAUACUUUCUUUCCUGUAAUGACCUCACGCACAGCCUGUCCUCGUACCUCAAACACAUUUGUCCAAAAUGGGCAAAGAUUCUGAAGCAGCACACAGAAAAGAGUUCCAUAGUUCUGCUCAUCGUCUGUAGCUCUGCUGUCCGUAGCAUUGAACUCAUCAAGCAGCUGAUGACCUUUAAGGGUGAAGCCAAAGUGAUGAAGCUGUUUGCCAAACACAUCAAGGUAGCAGAGCAGGUGAAGCUGUUGCAGAAAGGAGUCACCCACAUUGGAGUUGGGACACCAGGCCGGAUCUCUGCUCUCAUCCAGGAAGAGGGGUUGAGCUUGCAAGCGUUGCGCUACCUGGUUUUGGACUGGAACUGGAGGGAUCAGAAGCUCAGAAGAAUGGUGGACAUUCCUGAGGUGAAAGUGGACAUGAUGAAGCUGCUCGAAAGUGGCGUCCUGACUGCUUGUAAAGACGACAAAGUCAAAAUUGGUCUGUUUUAACUGUACCUUCAAAGCAUUUGUGUGUUGUUGCUGUUUAAAGCCAUACUGAAGUAAAACAUUUUGUACAAUU